CCCGCUUCCAUCUGGGCAUUUUUCCGAACCUCCCAAGUUCAACUCUCCGACGCCGACAGUUUACACCCCAUCAACAAGCCUCUUGCGGGCAAAUCGCGGCGCCAUGAUACGCUCUUCAAUUGCGCCGAGCCGUCAGCUGCUUUCACCCACCACCGGCCGCCAAUGGCUCCAAUCUUCGCGGGUCCGAGGAGGACUUGUUGGCAAGAAACAUUAUUCUAGAACGAGAAAAUCUCCGGUUGUUUUCAAGGCGAUUCCUACCCUUGAUGGUGUCGUGUUGCCGGUACGGGGAAACAAUGCAUUCACGACGAGCGCAAUACUCGCAAACGAUUCCCACGUUCGAACACCCCCAUCUCCAUCGUCAGAAUCGGCAAUUGCGCCUGAGGGCGUGCCCCGGCCACCACAGUCUCACCCCGUUCAAACUUCGCCCGGUUCUUCUGUAGACGGCCGUGCUCAACCUCCCCCGGAGACAAACACGCCACCGCCCGGUCCGCCUCCUGCACCCAAAAAAGGUGGAAGGUUCAGACGGUUCUUGAUCUAUCUAAUCCUGACUACUGGACUCGCCUAUGCCGGAGGUAUCUGGCUUUCUCUUACAUCCGAUAACUUCCAUGACUUCUUUACCGAAUAUGUCCCGUAUGGUGAGGAGGCUGUGUUAUAUGUGGAAGAACAGGAUUUCCGUCGCCGGUUCCCCAACGCUGCCCGACAAAUCACCCGGCGUGUGACAGGACCUCGGGAAGAGGGACAAAAUGUGACUAUCCCCGGCAAGAGUGGGCUCUCAUGGAAGGUCUCUGAGGAAGAGAGCGAGGCCAAGGAAGCAGGAAGCGAUGUGUCUCGGAAAGGCAAACACAUGAGCGCAACGGAGGUGAAUAAGGAAAAGACUGCUGCCGUUGAGCAAGUCAAAGCUAAGAAAGAGGCCGCACCUGCAAUCAAGAAGGAAACCACACCGGCUGAAAGCAAGAAACCAGCUCUGGAAGAAGCUAGGUCCCCGGCUUUGCCAACUGCUAGUCCCGUUCAGCCUCUUUCCAUCGCCAUCGAGGACGAACCUACGGUUCAGGAGCUUAUGAGGAUCGUAAAUGAUCUCAUCUCUGUAGUAAAUGCUGAUGAGUCAUCUUCUCGGUUUACAUCUACGCUUUCAAAGGCAAAGGCGGAUUUCGAAAAGCUUGGGGAACGUAUCAUUGCGGCAAAACAAGAGUCUUAUAAGUUUGCCCAAGAGGAGAUUGAAAAAGCUCGAGCAGAUAUGGAAAAAUCCGCCAAUGAGUUGAUUCGGCGCAUCGACGAAGUCCGUGCUGACGAUGCUGCCCAGUUCCGUGAGGAAUAUGAGGCCGAACGUGAGAGAUUAGCCCGUGCCUACCAAGAAAAGAUAAAGACCGAACUUCAGAGAGUUCAAGAGGUCUCUGAGCAAAGGCUCCGGAACGAGCUCGUCGAGCAGGCGAUAGAAUUAAACCGCAAGUUCCUCAGUGAUGUGAGAUCCCUGGUCGAGAAUGAGCGAGAAGGACGUCUCAGCAAACUUUCCGAACUGACAGCAAACGUGGGCGAACUUGAGAGGCUGACCGCGGAAUGGAACAGCGUUGUUGAUACUAACUUAACGACGCAGCAACUUCAAGUUGCAGUGGACGCUGUUCGCAGCGCCCUCGAAAACUCUGACAUUCCCAGACCGUUUAUUAAUGAGCUUGUUGCUGUGAAAGAACUCGCUGCUGGUGACCCAGUUGUUGAUGCUGCUAUCUCGUCGAUCAGCCCCGUUGCCUAUCAACGCGGUAUCCCAUCCUCAGCUCAGAUUAUCGAAAGAUUUAGACGUUUAGCUACCGAGGUCCGCAAGGCAAGUCUUUUGCCUGAGAAUGCUGGUAUCGCAAGCCACGCAGCUAGCUACAUGAUGAGCAAGGUCAUGUUCAAAAAGCAGGGCUCAGAGGAAGGGGAUGAUGUAGAAAGCAUUCUCACUCGAACUGAGACCCUUCUCGAAGAGGGUAGACUCGAUGAUGCCGCACGUGAAAUGAACUCAUUGCAAGGAUGGUCCAAGAUACUGAGCAAGGAUUGGCUCGCGGAUGUGAGAAGGGUUUUGGAGGUUAAUCAGGCUCUUGAGCUUAUCGAAACCGAAGCUCGUCUCCGGUGCCUUCAGGUGGAAUAGGCGAUUUAGUCUCGCCAGUUUCCCGCCUUUGUAUUGUAAACCUACCGAUCCUUCCCUGCAAUUUCCUAGAUAAAAGAUGUUUAGACCUCGAAUCCUGCAAUG